GAUAUGCUGUAAAACUAGAUAAAUACAAAGUCUAAUUUCACUACGAAAUUCUAGUUAUCCUUGUCCGUUGAAAAAAUUUGUAAAUUAUCUGAAAAGUUUUCUCUAAACUAGAUACUCGGUGUUUCAUUUACGGAUUUAUCCGACGGAGAACGAAGUUCGACGUAAACAUCCGGAGGACGAGAAGGCAUUGUUUUGUUCAUUUAUUGUGGGUUCUUUUUCUACAUUUAAAGUCUCAUUAGUUUAUUCCUAAUGACGCAGCAAACAUUGCAUCCUUUUAAGGAACGAAGAAGCCUCGCUCAGCGAAUGAAGGAUGUGGAGGCUAUUCGGAAUCAGCAUGCAGACAAAAUUCCGGUGAUCAUUGAGCGGUACGAGCACGAGAGAAACCUUCCUAUGCUAGACAAGACAAAGUUCUUGGUACCAGACAAUGUAAAUAUGAGUGAGCUGGUCAAAAUCAUCAGGCGACGGCUACAGCUGCACCCAAAUCAAGCAUUUUAUUUGCUGGUCAACAACAGGAGCAUGGUCAGCAACACUACCCCUAUUGCUGAAGUCUACGACCGUGAAAAAGAUGAAGAUGGUUUCCUUUAUGUUGUGUAUGCCUCACAGGAAACAUUUGGUUAAAUUUAAUUUACAUUGUGAUAUGCUGUUGUAUAUAGGGAGUAAGUUCACAUGUUGGGAAGUCAUUGGUGUGUACAAGACUCUUAGAAGUGUUCACAAAACUCAAGAUUUCAUGAAAAUAUGUUUCACAUUCUUUGUGGAUGUUGGUCACUGAUUACAUAAUGCCUAUACCUUGUUUUACUUUGAUUCAUGACUGUAUAUGUUUUUGUUUUGAGGUACAGGGUGGUGGUAGAAUUUCUGCACCUGUGAUUUGGCUUUGUUUAAAAAUAACAAAGUAAAUUAUAAAUGCUUAUUAAAUACAAAAAUUAAUAGCUUUGAAAAUUAUAACCCUGGCAGUCAUAACAAAUUUACAGAUUACCAACAAAAAUGUCCAAAAAUGAAAGAAGUGAAAUGCAUAAACAUUAUUGAUCAAAUUUGGGCUGUCAAUGACAUUUUUUUGACUUUAACAUCCAUUCACUUUUGGUCGCUUUCUAGAUGUCAGGAAUGCAUUUGUGUGUCUCGAGUGACUUUUUUGAGUACUUCAAGCGUUGCAUGUUCUUGGGUAUCCAUCCAUGCACAUUUCUUAGUUUUAUUCUCCACAGCAUUUUCAGUUUGAAUUCUUGCAGAGAUUUUUCACUAAAGUUUCUUUUAAAAGCUGCAUGUCUGCUGAAAGUCUUAUUCCUUAAAUUGCUGCUGUCUUACUUUUUGUGGUGCAACGCUAGUAAUACAGCUAAUAAUUGGAGACAUGCCCAUCCAUCAUUAAGUUCCAGGUUCAGUGUUAGAAGUCAAGGUUUUAAUUGUGCUAUGAAAAAAGUGGCAGAUUUAUUAUGGUUAUGUGGAAGAAAUGUAUAACUAGUGUUAAAAAAAAAGCAUUGUCAAGUGUCUUCAUGACUUAAAAAACUAAGGUGCUGGAGAGUUUAUUCAACACAUUUUAAAUUUGAGUUAUUUAUCAAGAUGACAAUGGGAGCUAGCAGGUAAUGCAGCAUGCUAAGUUGUGAUUUGCUUUUCCAUUUUUGUGAUAACAUCAAACAUACAUGGAUUAGUUGUGAUGGGUAUGUUUUUGUGCCCAUGUCAGUAUUCACUUAGUAAUGGAACUUAAGAAUAACCAGUUUCUGAAGUUUAUGCUGCACAAGCAGGGUGAGCAAUUUUUUGUACAGAUAACAUUUAUAAUUGUAUAAGGCAUAUAAUCAAGUGGGAUGUAUCAGAUAACCAUCUGGCAUAGACAGCAAAAUCUAGCAUGGUGGGAAUGGCUGUGAAUGGCAAUAACUUUUGAAUGACUAUCAUGGCAGACUUUGACAUAGCUCGUCCAUGAUAUAAAAUUUGAAAGUGUUUUUCUGUACAUAUUAAAAAACAAAAAAAAUACA